AUGGACUUCCUCAAGAGCGUCACCGGCGACAACAAGGACGCCGCCCAGAAGCCUCAAACCGAGCAGCACCAGCAGACAACCAACUCCGGAGCUGGCGGCGGCGGUUUCAUGGACAAGCUCAGCGGAUUCACGGGGGGCGAACAGAAGCCGACGACUGAAGCCCAAGAGUCGUCUUCGGGCGGCUUCAUGGACAAGCUGAACAGCAUGGCGGGCGGUGGCAGGGAGAGUGAGAAGAACGAGGAUGCCCUCGACAAGGGUAUUGAUUGGGUUCAGGAGAACGUCCUGGGCCAAGGACAGCAGAGUAACGAGAGUGCAAUCGAGCAGGCCAAGGACAAGCAGAUUGCUGGCUUCAUCAGGGACCAGUACAAGAACACCACCGGAUCCGACUUUCCAAUCAAGGAUAAGGAGACCUGA